AUGUUAACUAUCAAUGGUUAUCAAUAUCAAUUGAAAAAUUUCAAUAAAAUUUCAAUAGCACCAUUACAAGAAAUUGCUGAACAACGAAUACAACAAUUAUAUGAUCGAUUUAAUAGUAACAAAAUCACAGCACAUGAUUUAUUACGUGGACUUUCCUUUUUGUGUGUUAAUAAACGACUGAAUACAAAAGCACAUGAUUCAAUUUUGACAAGUCAUAUAAAAUUAAUUUAUUUUUGGAAUGAUUUCACCUAUCCAUUACCUGGUCUAAUACUUGAUCGAUUUGGUUUACAAAUUUUACCUGAAAUUUAUCAUAAAAUCAAAUGGCUUGAUCUGGAAUCAAUAUCUAUGGAAAGUAUUCUUCUUGCUUCACAUUAUUCUAAUUUAUAUAAACUUGAUUUACAUCUUAAAAUCAAGUAUGAUAAUGAACUUAUUGAUGGGAAUCAUUUAGAAGAAAAUAUUAUCAAUUAUAUGCCACGAUUAAAUAAAUUUAUAUUUAAUAUUCGUUCAUUUAAUUAUUUACCUAAUCUGAUUAAUUUACCUUCAAAUGAAGAUAUUCAAUAUACAUUCAAAGAUAAUAAAAUUAUUUCUUGUGUUGUUUAUUUCAAAAAAAGACAAUAUGGAUUAUUUAAAUAUGUUCAUAAAGUAUCAUUAUAUGAUGAACAUCCAUUUGAACAUGAAUUUUUUCUUCAAAUUGCUCAAUCAUUUCCAUUUAUGAAAAAAUUAACUAUAUCAUGA